AUGGCAUCUCCCAGUACGAUACGGUCAUUAGCCGGCCGGAUGGCCCAGGCCUCCUCGACAAGGAUCUCGUCCGCCGUCUCUCAAGUCGCUCGCUUCUCCACGACCGCACCACAAUGCAAGCGCAAAACGAAGGACAACAACCCGAAGCGAGGUGUCAGUAGCUUGUACGGUUCCGGACCCCGCGAGCCUCUGUCCAUGUCAAACAUCCCACUACCGAAGCCCCGUGAUUUCAAGCCCAAGAUCGAGGUUGACCCCAAUCAUGGUCUAUGGGGAUUCUUCCCCGGACAAGGCAAGCUGCUCGCAACGCCCAAGGAAACCGAGGAGCAUGGACGGGCGUGGACUGUCGAGGAAUUGAGAAAGAAGUCGUGGGAGGAUCUGCAUGCACUGUGGUGGGUAUGCUGUAAAGAGAGAAACAUGCUUUCUACAUCAAGGGCAGAGCUCCUCAGAACCAAAGUCGGAUUCGGCGAACGAGAAAUUGAUAGCCGAGACGAGGAGGUCAUGAAGACACAGCGAGCCAUCAAGCAUGUGUUGACGGAGCGAUACUACACUUGGCAAGAUGCCGUCGAUGUUGCCAUGAACGACCCGGAGAUCAACUUUGAAAGCAGCGAUGGGCAGGCCUACACACCAUCGGCAUAUGAAGAUGAAACCAACGCUGCCGAGUGGACGCAACCUGAGGCAGAGUCAGAGGCGGCCAAGCAGAUCGAUCCUGUUGCAACAGAGGCACAGGAGGCCAAGAUCGAGAAGGAGCUGAAGAAAUAA